AUGAAACAACUGUCCCUUCCCACUUUGGGCCGAAGAUUCUUCAAAAAAUCAUCGAAUAUCAACAUAUCAAUUAGAUUGGAUGACACAGUUCUCAAGCCCUACUAUGCCCCUGGAGACCGUAUCCAGGGCGUUGUCACCGUCACAGUUGACAAAGCAGUUCAGUUCAGCCAUGUCAAUCUGAUCUUUGAAGGCUCGACGCAGGUGACACUCUUACAGCCAAAAACCGUCCUUCGGCAUUGCGAGGCCUCCCAUAAGUUUCUUCAACUAUACCACCCAAUCAAGGAAGAUUGUAUUACCCCCGGACUCUUCCAGCCAGGGGUGGUCUACACCUUUCCAUACAUCUUUAUUGUCCCCGAUCGCUUGUUGUCUGGCUCGUGCACUCAUCCAACGAACGAGCACCAUAUCCAUCAGACACACACCCAGCUACCACCGACGCUGCGGGUGACCAACGUUUCGCAGGCAGUGUGCCAGGUUCUAUAUGCCAUAAAGUUUACAGUCGCGAGGCAAUCUUCAAAGGAUGGACCUCUCCACAAACGCGAGACACUGGGAUCCGAGACAAGGCAUGUGACGGUUAUACCUACCGCUGCUCGAGAGGCAACAUCUUCGAUUGAGGAUAUAUUCAAUUACGCCAAUUCCAGCCAUCCGUCUCAACUCUUUGUGCGACAGAGGAACGUGGAAUGGCCAUUGAAACAGCAGGGAUUUCCAAAGGGAUCCCCGAGCUCAACAUCACGAUCAGCUACCGCCACCGAAAUACAAUUGUCUGCCUCUGAAAACCACCAUGCCACCCCAUACUUAACAACAAUCACCGUCUACCUACGCUUCGACCCCGGAACCAAGACACAGGAACCUCCCCGCAUCCGCAAAAUAUCUCCCACUCUGCGUACGACUACCAACUAUAGUACCAUGCCUCAUAGAGCAAAUCCUCCGCUCACCAAGACCGAUCAGCAGCAGCUAUCCUAUGGAGGCUCACAUGUUGAGACUACUCCACUCACUUCUUUGAGAGGCACCACGCAUAUCCAAUGGACGCGAUACCGCACAAUUGCUACUGCUGGUGACCGACCCAAAUAUUUAAUCAGUGGGAAUCAGAAUGAGGAAGAGAACACGCCAAUUGUAGCUGACGAGCCACAAUGCGACCAUUAUUACACCGCUGCUAUCGAAGUGCCCAUUUCGCUUCCCAAGAAACAAGAUGGAAAGGGUGGACUCCUUUUACCAACUUUUCACUCGUGUUAUGUUUCUCGAGUCUACGUACUUGAGCUCUGCGUUUCCUAUUGUUCUUCAAGUAGAACGAGGAUACCUCAAAGUACGGUGGUAGAGGUCCCUGUCCAAGUGGCUCGAAGGACAUCAAAUGCGGGGGGAUCUAUGGAAAUGCUUUGCGAAAAACAGGGAAAGACAAUGAGCAGCCUAUCAGUUAACAAUUGUUAUGCCAGGUGCGGCCUUGUGUCAACCAUAAAGGGUACAGAGCAGAUGGAUUUGCCAUUGCUUCCAGGGGGAAGAGAGCCACCUGAAUUGCCUAGAUAUGGUGAUGCUGUGUUUGGGGGUUAG